GAGCCCCACGAAUGGUUCCGGACCUAUGUGGUUACUUGCGGAUCCGGCUCUGGCAAGUUCAUCUGCAUUUUCAUUGCCUAUGAAUCCCUCGUGCCCUGGAAUCCAUACCAGUUGCACUCUAUUUUGUCUUCCAAGCUUGUUCAGAGCUUGGACACCAUUGUACACCAGUCUAGAGUCCACUCUGGGCGCCCUGAGCGCCUUGAGUGCAGCCUGACUGUCACUGAGUAUAUAGAUAUUCUUCCCUUGGGUUUGCCUAACUAUAUUCUCAUGCACACAGGCAAUUAUAGCGUACGUCUCGGCUUGGAAGACAGUAGCGUAAUUACCCAUGCUUAUGCUACAACUAAAGUCAUUUGCAUAAAUGCCUGCCCCCGUACCAGAUACUGUCUUGGACCCGUCUGUGUACCAUAUGAUGUCGUUUUCAUCCGAAUUUGGUGCUUGAAGACCUUCGGUCCAUUCAGCCCUUGUUGGAACUUUAACUUCAAAAUUCUUACGGAACACAAACUUGGGUUGCAUCUUAUCGCAGCCCAUAUUCGUUAUCCUUUCCAUGAAAUUGUCACAUUCCAUGUUUGUGUGUUUAGUCUUUGGCUUGCUAUCGCUCCAUAGGCCUGUUAGAGCCAGCCUGUGUAGCGAUUUCCGCGCCUCGGAUUGUAUCACCAGAUGUAGCGGCGGGAGGUCUAGCAGUACCUCCAUCGCCGCUGUUGGCGUUGUUCUAAACGCCCCGGUAAUAGCCAUGCAUGCUGUUCUCUGUAUUUUCAUAAGGUUCUCCCUGCAUGUGCUCGCAGUCGCUUUCUUAAAAACUAGUGCCUACACCAAAUAUUGGGAUUCGUUGUCAAGCGGACCCCAGGCUCCCAUGAGCCAUGGCAAAAAUCCGAGAUAACGCGAGGAAGAAGACUUGUCUUAUGGGCCUGACAACGACUAGAACAUAAAAUUUGAUUUGUGUACAAAAUAAUCCACAAACUAGGAGGAAAACUGACAUUUUAUGACGGCAGGCAUUGCGGUGAGCGUCCAUGCGGCGCUUUACCAUAAAAGGUGUCAAUCGCAUACAUUUUUUGGCCGAGAUUGGAAACAUGGUCGUUUUUUUCAUAAAUGCCAAAUUACAGAAAUACAUAUAAAAACUAAUUUAUUUUUUGAAGAUUCUAUACCUACGGAGAAAACGGUGGAAAAAUACUUUUCGUCUAAUUUUUUUUACAGCUAAUGAUACUUACAGCUCGGUUAUAUAGAUUCCACUUUAAAAACGAGGAUUAUUUUGGAAGGAGUAAAUUAAAUACAGGUGAAUACAACAAAUUGCAAAUUUGCAACCAUACAUACUUGACACGAAUUGUAAACAAAGAACGGUUGACUGGGCGGAGUAGUGGCAGAAUUACGUUUUGCAAGUUUUUAGACGUGUUUUAAAUGCAGUUUUGUAGGUGACACAAAUGCUUGUAAUUUUUUUUUGACAUUGGGGCGGAUCGGAUGGAAAAUUGCAAUGACUUGCUACCUAGGCUUAUAAAGAGCGGGCUAGCUGCAUAUUAUGUCAUUCUACGCGUGCUCGCGAUUAGUAAUUUGUGGCUCCGGUCACACUCAUAGUCAUACUCCUUGACGGACGGUUUUCUUGAAGUUAGCUGCUCAAAAUCCUAAACAAUGGCAACUGUGAAUGAACAUGAGGAUGUGGUGAUAUCGGGACUGUCAGGGCGUUUGCCCGAAUGUGACAGCAUAGAUGAGUUCGCAGACAAGCUGUUUGCUGGCGUCGACCUCGUCACUGCUGAUGACCGCCGCUGGAAGCCAGGAAUGUACGGAUUGCCACUACGCUGUGGAAAGCUGAAAGACUUGGAACACUUCGACGCAGCGUUCUUCGGGGUGCAUGCUAAGCAAGUAGAAAUUAUGGACCCGCAACUGCGACUGCUGCUGGAAGUUACACACGAGGCUAUGGUGGAUGCCGGAUACAACCCUGUCGAGCUACGCGGCUCAAGCACUGGUGUCUACGUGGGCCUCUCCACAUCCGAAUGUUUUCAGGCGUGGUCUCAAGACAUGGACAAAAUUAAUGGCUACGCCUUGACUGGCUGCAGCAAUUCCAUGUUUCCCAACCGAAUUUCUUUCGCAUUUGACCUAAAGGGACCAUCAAUAUCUAUGGAUAUUGCCUGUGCGGGCUCUAUGCAUGCGCUGGUGCAGGCCUGGAAUGACAUCCGAGCGGGCCGUUGUGAAGCCGCCGUAGUCGCCGGCACGAACAUCUGCCUAAACCCGGCCACAUCACUAAGCUUCCAUCGCUUAACAAUGCUGUCGCCGGAUGGUCGUUGCGCCGCGUUUGAUGAAUCCGGUUGCGGUUAUGUACGUUCUGAAGCGGUAGUAGCAGUACUUCUGCAACGACGUAGCGCCGCGCGUCGCGUGUACUGCACAGUGCGCGGUGCGAGGACGAACAACGAUGGUUAUAAGAAAGAGGGCAUCAACUACCCCAACGGAGCCUUGCAGUACCGCAACGCGCUUGCAACUUUUGAGGAGGCUCAACUGCGUCCGCAGGACGUUAUUUACGUGGAGGCGCACGGCACCGGCACUAAGGUGGGAGAUCCAGAGGAAGGUAAUGCAAUCACGAAGCUGUUCUGCAAGGACCGGCAAGCUCCACUGCUGAUGGGUGCUGUAAAGACCAACAUGGGCCAUCCUGAGUCGGCCUCCGGACUGUGUUCCGUCAUCAAAGUGGUGAUAGCAAUGGAGCAUGGCGUUAUCCCCGGUAGUCUACACUUCAAGAACCCUAAUGCCGAAAUCCCUGCGCUCAUCGAUGGCCGCAUUAAAAUGGUGGUCGAAAAUACGCCAUGGCAAGGUGGCUUGGUGGCUGUAAAUUCUUUCGGGUUCGGCGGAGCCAAUGCGCACAUGAUUCUCGAGGGCGGAUUUGGAGACCGCCCACCGCCGGCUGAGUAUCCGGCACCACGCCUCGUGCUCGCCUCGGGCCGGACUGACGAGGCCGUCAAGCAACUACUACAGCUCGCUGCAUUACAUCCGCGCGAUUCCGAGCUGCACGCUCUGCUGGACACCGUGCAUGCACGCGCCAUACCAGGGCACCCUCGCCGUGGAUACGUCGUACUGAAUCCAGAGUGCGACGCACCUCCCGUGCUGGAGGUUCUCGAGACAGAGGGUGACCCACGCCCCGUGUGGUUCCUGUUCAGCGGCAUGGGCUCGCAGUGGGCCGGUAUGGCUCGAGAGCUGAUGCGCCUACCGGUAUUCGCGGCGAGUAUUGCGCGAUCGGCAUCAGCACUCGAGCCUUACGGCAUAGACCUCAGGCAUGUGAUCACAGAGGCACCGAAGUCAGCCUUCGACAACAUCAUCAACUCCUUCGUCUCCAUCGCCGCCGUGCAGGUGGCGCUGGUAGAUAUUCUGAACGAGCUUGGCAUUCACCCCGAUGGCAUAAUUGGACACUCUACUGGUGAAAUAGGAUGUGCGUACGCGGACGGGACGCUAACAGCGGAGCAAACGGUUUUGUGCGCGUACUGGCGCGGGCGCUGUACGCUAGACUCGGUGCCAGCAUCUGGAGCCAUGGCUGCCGUAGGUCUCUCCUCAGAGGAGGUCGCCCGUUGCUGCCCCGCAGACGUCGAGCUCGCCGCACACAACUCAGCUAACAACGUCACGAUUUCUGGUCCUUUGGCGUCGGUGGAGAAGUUUGUACAGCAGUUGUCGGCGAACGGCGUAUUUGUGCGUAUGGUGGACACUGCGGGCAUAGCGUUCCACAGCUCGUAUAUCGCGAGCGUCGCUCCGCUUCUCCUUCAGCGCCUUCAGCAAGUCAUUCCCGAGCCUAAACAGCGCAGCCCGCGCUGGCUCUCCUCCUCCGUACCUCAGGAGCAGUGGAACUCAGACUUAGGUCGACUGAGCGACGCCGCGUACUUCGUGAACAACCUGGUGUCUGUGGUGCAGUUCGCGCCGGUGCUUGCAUUGGUGCCGGAGCGGGCGUUGCUGCUGGAGGUGGCGCCUCACGCGCUCCUUCAGGCAAUUGUCAGGCGUGCGAUGCCAGUUGCUGUGCAUGUACCACUCGUGCGUCGCAACGUACCCGACGCUCUCGUGCAUCUUCUUGCUGCCGUGGGAAAAGCCUACGGUGCCGGCGCUCAACCUCAGGUAGCGCAGUUAUACCCGCGUGUAACGUGGCCGGUGUCCCGCGGCACGCCUGCACUGGCGUCACAUAUCGGCUGGGAUCAUCGCGUCGAGUGGGAUGUAUAUGACUUCAUGAAGGUUAAAGAGAACAUCAUUGAGUACGACCUCGACAAACCCGAAGAUGCCUUUAUCGCCGGACAUAACAUUGAUGGCAGAAUUCUCUUUCCUGCGACUGGAUACUUAAUGUUGGUGUGGCGUACGGUAGCGAAAAUUAACAAACUGGAAAUAGAGCAGGCGGCGGUGAUAUUUGAAAAUUUAAAUUUUCGCCGUGCCACCAUUAUGUCACACGUCGCUCCUGUGUGCUUUCUUAUAUCGUUGUUCAGUGGUUCGGGCGAGUUCGAGGUGUGCGAGGGAGGCGAAGUGGUGUUCACGGGCACGGUGCGGCUUACCGCCGACCCCGCCGCCGAACGCUUGCCAGUCACUAUGCUGGAUGAGGAAAAAAUUGAACACGAAUACAUGCCCUCGCUGACCUCAGAGGACAUUUAUAAGGAGCUAGGCCUCCGUGGAUAUAACUACAAAAACUUGUUUCGCGGUAUCAAAUCCUCGGAGGCGAGCGGCGCGCGUGGCCAACUCAAAUGGGAAGGAAACUGGAUCUCGUUCAUGGACACGAUGAUACAAUAUACCCUCAUCGGCAUUGAUAAGCGUAUCUUGUAUUUGCCGACCCGUCUGCAGCGAGUAGUGAUCGACCCUGCGGUGCAGCGUGAGGCUGCCAAGGACGAUGUCGUACCGGUACAAGUUUAUCGCAACCUAAAUGUUAUUGUUGCCGGUGGUGUCGAGUUUCGCGGUGUCCAGACCUCGUUGGCACCACGCCGCACCAACGUUCAAGCGGCGCCUAUACUGGAAAAGCACGUGUUUCUACCGCUGGAGACUGAGGAUGUCGAGAGCUAUGCGCUCAGCGCCGCAUUGCAGCUGGCGUUCGAAAACUGUAACGUGCAUAAGUUGAAACUUGCCGAGCACGCGCUCCGGCGGCCUGUAAAGGCGCUUCUGCUGCCACGUGUGUUGCAAGUUUUAGAAACUGUGCCGGCGGUGCACGUGGAUGCAACGCUGGUAGCGGAUGAAGGUGUACAACAGUAUGCUGUAACUAUGGAACUGCUAGGAAUAAAGGUGGUGGCGAGCGCCGCGUUAGAGACCGAUUGCCACGUAGUGAUGGGCUCCAACGUCUUGUCACGGCACGACGAACUGUCUGUAUUGGCAGCAGCGAGCAUCGCCAACGGCUUUGUAUUGCUGGAGGAGACGGAGGAGCACGCGUUCGACGAGUCGUCGAUGCGGGUGGCUGCUGCCAACGCAGGACUCACACUGGUAUCUCGACGUCGCUCGGAAUCGUCCGAGUACCUACUGCUGAAGCGCACAGCAGCCUUGCCUGCAACUAAACUCAUCAUUGAAGUGCAUGAGGAGGACUACGCCUGGGUUGACCAGCUAAAGAUUGCUAUGAAGAGCGCUGAGAAUGAGAACCUGCGCGUGUAUGUGUGGUCGCGCGCGCCCGGCUCCGGCGUGUUGGGCCUGGGGACGUGCUUGCGACGCGAGCCCGGCAGCGACCACCUGCGCGUGUACUACCUUCCAGAAGCGGCGGAACCGUUCGAUCCCGAUGCACCGGCGUACAGCGCACAAAUACGCCGCGACCUGACUUUUAACGUACUGCGUGCCGGCAUUUGGGGUACCUACCGCCACCUGCCGCUUGAAAACCCGACACAAGUCAAGCGAGAGGUGGAACAUGCAUACGUGAACACGCUGACGCGCGGUGACUUGUCAUCUUUGCGCUGGAUCGAGAGCGACCUGCAACAUGCGGUGAACGCGCCGCAGCCGACUGACCGUGACCUAUGCCGUGUCUAUUACUCAUCUAUCAACUUUCGCGAUGUCAUGCUCGCUACAGGAAAGCUACCGCCCGAUACACUACCUGCCCGUGUCGCUGAUAAGGAGUGUCUACUUGGGUUCGAGUUUAGCGGGUAUUCAUCAAAUGGCAAGCGCGUAAUGGGCAUAGUUCAAACAAUGGGCCUAGCGACCACUGUGCAGGCCGACGUGACACUCAUGUGGGAGGUGCCUGAGCAGUGGUCUCUAGAAGAGGCGGCCACUGUGCCAGUCGCGUAUGCGACAGCGUACUACGCUUUGGUGUUGCGCGGGCGCAUGCAGCGUGGUGAGGCUGUGCUAGUGCACGCUGGCGCUGGUGGCUUAGGCCAGGCUGCUAUUGCAAUCGCACUGCAUGCCGGCUGUACCGUUUAUACCACUGUGGGAUCGCCUUCCAAACGUGCCUACCUGCUCGAGCGCUUCCCGCAGCUGCCGGCUGCCAACAUUGCCAACUCGCGCGACAGCUCGUUUGAACACGUUGUGCUGCGUCGCACGUGCGGUCGUGGCGUUGACCUCGUGCUCAACUCACUUGCCGGCGACCAGUUGCAGGCGUCGAUGCGCUGUCUCGGCCACGGUGGUCGCUUUCUCGAGGUCGGCAAAUUUGACCUGAGCGCUAACACGGCGCUCGGCAUGGCUGUGCUGCUGAAAAACACCGCAGUUCACGGCGUCCUAUUGGACGCCUUGUUUAUUGAGAAUGGGGAUAGCCCAGAGAAGGCGAAAUUAAGGCGAUGCGUAAAAGAAGGCAUUGCCAACGGCGCUGUUCGCCCAUUGCCCACCACUGUCUACAACUAUGACCAGGUCGAGGAUGCCUUCCGGUACGUGUCGACGGGCAAGCACAUAGGCAAGGUUGUGAUUCGCAUGCGCGAGGAAGAACCAGGGAGUAAAAUAGUGACGAAACAGCUACUGCCAGCCAUUCCGCGCGCAUAUAUGCAUCCUGGAAAGAGCUACGUACUCAUUGGUGGGCUAGGAGGUUUUGGUCUGGAGCUGUGCGAAUGGCUGAUUAGCCGCGGGGCGCGCACGCUCAUACUCAACUCUCGCAAGGGUGUGUGCACUGGUUACCAGUCUUGGUGUAUACGCAGAUGGUGCGCCGCGGGAGUUUGCGUAUUAGUGUCAAGCGCGGAUGCGACAACUGAGGCGGGAGCGCGCGCAUUGCUGCAGGAGGCGUCUUUGGCUGCGCCAGUUGGCGGCAUCUUCAACCUUGCCGCUGUGCUGCGUGAUGCCCUUUUUAAUAACCAGACACAGGACACCUUCAGUGCCGUCACCAAACCUAAGAUUGAGGUGACGCAGAACCUGGAUUUGUUGUCACGCUCGCUGGCACCAGAGCUAGAGCUUUUCGUGGCGUUUUCAUCGGUGUCAUGUGGGCGCGGCAAUGCAGGCCAGAGCAACUAUGGAUUUGCCAAUAGCGCCAUGGAACGGCUAUGUGAGCGGCGGCGCGCGGACGGGUUACCGGCGCUGGCAAUACAGUGGGGUGCCAUCGGUGACGUAGGACUAGCGGCUGUAAUGUUCGGAGAAGAUGUAGAAGUAGGUGGCACCGUGCCGCAGCGCAUUGCGUCGUGCCUAGCCACGCUUGGUACGCUGUUGCUUGCUUCGCAAGCCGUAGUCUCAUCCAUGGUGCUGGCCGACCAGCGGCGCAGCCAGGAAAGGCCAGCACAGAACCUCGUGCACACUUUAGCCAAUGUUCUCGGUAUCAGGGACGUAAACAAGGUGUCCUCGACGGCAACAUUGACGGAGCUAGGACUGGACUCGUUGAUGCUAGCAGAGAUCAAGCAGGUGCUCGAACGUAACUAUGAUGUGGUGCUCGGCGCGCAGGAGAUCCGCGCGCUCACGUUCGACAAACUGCGGAGCAUGGCAGCUGAAACCGACUGCUUAAACGACAACGCCGCAGCAAAAAUGCAAACAUUAAUAACACCAUCUACAUCUACAAGCAAUGAUGAGGCACAGCCGCUUUUAAUUUAACAGCUUAACACUGGCUCUGCGGGUCUGGACCCGAGACGCCCGCUUGCGCUGACUGUUUGCUGUCCGACAACGCGACGGCGCUAAAAUGCAAAUAUAAUUAAUAGCGCCAUCUACAAAUUGUUCAAUACGGCUCAACCGAUGUUAUACAUAGUUCUAGAUAUUUGAUGUUAUCAGUCUUCUACAUUUACUUAUCUAUGUUUUAUUCAUAAUGUCUCUAUUUUAAAGGUAUCACGAGAUUUUUUUUAAACAUAUUCAGUGCCAGCUCAAGCUAUGCGCUACGAGAAAAAAGCGCCUACGAACAGAGAACCCGCCUAGCGGGUCGCUGGCAGUGAAUAAAAUAUUUACUUCGUUAGAUAUAAAGUCAAUUAAUUAAUCGCAUGAAGGUGAUCAAAUGUAUACAUAUUUAGGAACUUGACUAUACAAUUGUUUAUUAAGGAAAUAGCUGCAAAACGAAUAUGUACGUACUUAUAAUAGUACAUUACGAUACAAGUGCGAAAAAUAGGAAAUUCGAAACUAGUGGUGAUAAAUUAAAACACGACCGAAGGGAGUGUUUUAAAUCGACACGAGUUGCGGAUUACCUAUUCGCACAUGUAUCGUACAACGUUUUACAGUACAUAUGGCCCUUUAAAUGUUCGAUACAGUAACUUAAUAUGCUAAUUUUCGCACUAGUGCGGUAGCACCAUAUGUACUGUAAACUAUCUUAUUCAGAAUUUUAUUUAUAUGACGACGAUUGCAUUUGUGAUGUUUGUGUGUUUGUGCAAAUUAUUUUGGUUGCGCUAUUCUAUUUUAGUUAGUAAAUAUUUUUUUAAUAAUAAUAAAUAUAGGUAAUAAAUAAUAUUUUAGUUGAAUCAUGCAAAUAUUUUUCAGAUUACCUUUAUGAUAUUCGACAUUUUGGCAAGUGAUAAACUGAGUACUUAUUUAAUACAUGUAAUUAUAACUUUUUCAAAGAUGAUGCAUAAUAUGGUUAUUUGUGAUACUAGCGAAGUUUCCUGUAUUUAAAAUAAAUAAUUUCACACCGAAAUAAAACACCAGAAAAAUAUUAGAAAAACCAAGACCGCAGUUAUUUUCAGACCCAAUUUCUAUUUGAUAAAUCGGAAAGAACUAUAUUCGUGUUAUUCACGACGGCGCGUGCCUUGACUCGUAUUGUUAUGUUAUUAAAGGUUACAAUUGUCAUAUCUGCGCGUCAUAGUGGAAGACACGAACUAUGUAAAGAGUAGGUAACUUGCCUGAACGUCAUUGUUCUGUAAUUCAUAGAGAUUCCAUAGUGGCUAAUCGUUUUGACAGUUCGAAAAAAGAAACUGAUUUGACUAAGAUAUCGACUACCAUAGCAAAUAGGCAAGAUUGUGAUAUAAGGUAUAAUAGAGUUAUUGUAUUCAUAAAAAUCCUCAGUUAAGUACCAUCUAUAUAACAGGACACGACAGUUAAAGUUUGAGUAGUAGCGCCAUCUGUUCGAAACGAUAUGAAUAAUUUGAGUUUGAAUAGUGGCGCUUGAUUUUGCCUUGAGUUGUUCAUUUGUUUUCAUGGUUGUCUACAGAUGGCAGUUUAAAUAGCAAAAGUUUGCAAACGUCAACGAAACGAUACUUGAUACAUAUAAAGAUGUUUUUAUAAUUAAGAUAUUAAUUUUAUUUAUAAUAUUGAUAAUAUCAAUCAGAAAGGUUUGAUGGAGCGGGAACGAAUGUUUAUGACCGUUUGGUGCUAUUAUUUUUUUAAAUAUUCCUAAAUCAAGAACUUUUUUAGAAAUCUCACAUUUUUUAUUUUAUUUUUAUUUAGGUAAACAAACAGUCACUACAAGAAAAGCUUAAAUAUAAAGUAUUUUAAACACGUUUUACAGUAUGUGUGACCAACACCGUUCACCACUUAUUAAUUAGGUACAAUUAGUUAGAUUAUUCAGAGCUUUUUUUUACAAGUUUUACAACACCGGAGCUUAAGGCUCCGGGAGGCAUUGACAUUGAUAAAUUCAUGAAGAAGAUAAAAUAAUCUUUAACGCUUAACAGUUAACAGUGCAUGCAGUGUUACGUUAAUAUUGAAUAGUUACUAUUUUUUUCGCUUCAUAUCAGUAGAUGUUACAUUUAGUUAUUGUCUCUAAGUACAUCUAUUACAAGUUUUUUAUAUACACCAGUACUGUGUUAAAAUGUGUGUUGUAAGUAUGAACGAGCCUGCGAAGAGGAGCGCGCUCACCAGCGUGGGUGCGGCAGCGGCCGGUAACGAACAGCCGGUGCUGGCGCGUCUCUCGCCUCGCUGUCUACUACGGUUGGGCACUUUAUAACAUUACAUUAGAUAUUAAACAAAAAAAUAGUUUAAAAUUUCGUUUUUUAUUGUAUGAUUUAUUAUUUAAUUAUUUUGGACAUGGGUAAUAUAGGUAUUGUGAUAGAUUGAUAUACCAUUGUAUAUCGUUUCAACUACGAUAUUGUAAUUGAAUUAUUAAAUUUCACUUUGUACCCGACGAUCACUAUAAGAUAAGUAAUUGAUGAUUCUUUUAGAUUAACUAUAAACAUUGUAUUGAGAGAUAUAUAACCAAAAAAUAAAACUAGUUAAUUGCAAGGAAUGCAUUGCACCUCCUCA